GAAAUUGUUAUAGAAUUAAUUUUCUUUCUUAGUUACAAUUGUAUUUAAAAAAGACAUUACUAUAAAUUAUUUUCAAUCCAAUUGUUUUAUAAUAUUUAUUGAGAAUUCGCUCGUCGAAUCACUAUGUAAAAUGAUACAUUUUCCUUCUUUUGUUAUUAUAAAUUACCGUCAUUGUAUGUGUCAUGAUGUAUACAUUAUAAGUAUAUUCUUCUUCUUAUUAUACUAUAUAUUAUUAUAGUAAUAGUAGUAGUAAUAGUAGUAAUAUGAACUCCUACAGAGGAAAACAUAACAAAAUAACGCUGGGAGAAAAAUCUCGUAGAUAAUGUGGAAACGAACUCGUUUUGAUCUUUAUUAAAAAUAAUAUAUAAUAUAUAUGUUCACUAUUUAUUAAUUUUGAAAAAAUAAUCGACAAAUUAUAUAUACUUUAUAUGCAUUUGUCAUCGAACAAAAUUAUAUUGCUGGUGUGUUACCUGUUUUACGGUGAUCUGUACUAAGUAGGAAAUUCAAAUCAACCAUCAGUGGAGGAAAUAAAUAUAAAAGAUUGGAUAGUAAUACCUUACUAGAUUAUCAAAUAAGGAAAAAAUAGUAAAUUAAUUAUUUUCGCCUACAUCGAUACAAUAAAAAAACUACCGGAAUUAUUUAGCUUCAAACCUAAGAUUUCUUGAAUUACGACUCUAGAUGACUGCCAAUGUGCUACACAUUGCUUAUAGUAUUUCUAUCUUUUUAGUUUAUAAAAUGUAAAAAAAAUCAUACAUUUUUCGAAAAUUUAACAAUAUUUUAAAAACUCAAAUGCCUUGACAUAAAUGAUUAGGUACGUAUUUUCUUUGCCAUAGUAUCAUCUGGCUAAAAUUCAUUAAAAUGAUCAAGAGAGUUUCCGAAGCUUCUUCGUACGAGCAUGGUGAAACAUAUUUUUUUGCGUUUGAAAAUGUUCAAAUAAUCUGAGCAUUAUCUAUUUAUGCACACAACCAAGCAGACAAUCGCUACUUCACGAAUAUAAACAUACACUAUUCAAGCGUAUAUAUGAAAAUCGGUAGUGAGAAUACGAGCUUCAUUUCUUUUGCCGCAAAUUUCAAGGAGCGCCACAAUACUAAACUUUAUCUUCGCGAAAAAUGUCAAAAAUAGCAUUUAUGCCAUCAAUGAGAAUAAAAAUAAUUCUUGAUCAAUUUUGAUGAACAAAGUCUCAUCUUAAAAACAAAGGUUUAAUCUACAAUGUAUUAGUUUCAAAGUUUUGAAAAAUGUUUUUUUGUAUAUAUCCAAUAUAUAUUCAAAAAUAUCAUUUUCUAACACGAUUUUUUCUCGAAGAAAAAAAAGCUUUUUAAAAAAUUUGAAACCAAUACGCAGUAGAUUAAACCUUCGUCUUUAAAAUGAAACCUUGUUCAUCAAAAUCGGUCAAAAAUUACAUGUUUUCAUUAAUGACGUAAACUAUUAAAAAACCUGGAAUAGUGAACAGCCUUAGCACACAACGUAUAAAUAGUAUUUGAAUACUAAUUAAAGAUCUGAAACUAACAGUAAUUGUUACUUUGUCAUUGUUAUUUUGAUACUCUAUAUUAAUGCCAUCUACCAAAUGAAAUUAAGCAGUUGAUCAAAUGAUUAACUUGUGGUGUUAGUUUAUGACAAUAUGACGUACAGAUAGACUCGAAUGACACAAAGAAUAAUUACAUAUGUUUAAAUAUGUGACUACGUAGGACAGUAAUCAUCAGAUAUAAUGAUUAUCACGAAGUCAUGAGAAUCACGCAUAUUUCAACAUUGCUAUCAAUAAUCCAUUAUAUUUUUAAAGUGUAAUUUUGAAAAGAAGUGUAAUUAAGUUAAAAAAUAAUUAAAAAAUUACUAAAUUAUAAAAAAUAUGGCAAUUGUUACAGGAUGGAAGUGUUAUGUAUCAGUACAACCACCAAUAAUGAUGUUAAUAUUUGCCAUGUCAAUGUCAGGUACUAUCUUAACAGAUUUGAUAGUAUAUCGCACAUGUACAGUUGUAUUAAAUAUUAAUAAAACAGAAUGUUUGAUAAUAAAUCAAAAUGGAAGUAGUAAUGAAGCUCAUAGAAUAGAUAUUUUGGUACAGUCACAAGUAAAUCUGAUCUCCAUGUCUAAAUCGUUCGUUGAGAAUCUUUUACCUGCUUUUUUGUCCUUUUUUGUGGGGCCAUGGAGUGACAAAUAUGGAAGAAAACCUCUUUUGUUAGCAGGAUAUACUGGCUAUUCGUUAACAUUUUGUCUUCUCUCAUUGAUGACUAUGUGGGAUAUUAAUCCUUGGUAUUUAUUGAUAGCCUAUAUGCCUUCUGCAUGCUUUGGAGGAUUAUGUAUAAUUUUAUUAGCUUCAUUUUCUUACAUUUCUGAUAUUAGUCUUGAAAAAGAUAGAACAUGGCAUUUAGCUUACUUAGAGAUAUUAAUUUCAUUGGGACUUAUAGUAGGUAUUUUUAUUGGCCCUUAUAUUUUUAAACUAUAUGGAUAUUCAGUUACACUUAGUGUGGCAGCUAUGUCUAUAGUGUUGGCGAAUAUAUAUGUAUUAUUCUUUGUAUCUGAAACAGUACAAUAUUCUUCAUCAAUAAUGUGGAGUUCUUUGUUUGAUGUAAGUCUUGUAAAAGAUCUCAUUAGUACUUGUAUAAAGAAAAGAGAUGGUUUUGAUCGUUGUGUUGUUUGGUGCUGUAUAAUGUAUCUUAUCUUAUAUAUUGUAACAAUGGAUGGUGAUAUGUCAAUUUCAUAUUUAUUUAGCAAUGCAAGAUUUGGUUGGGAUGUAAGUCAGUAUUCUAACUAUAUGGGUGCUAAUGUUGCAUUAGGUAUAAUAGGAACUUUAAUUGGAAUUAAAAUUAUUGGCUCUCUAAAAGGUUGUUUAGAAACUGGUUUAGUUAUGUUGGCUUCUAUUUCAUCUCUAAGUGGUGCUCUUAUGAAAGCCUUUGCAUGGCAAGCUUGGCAUAUGUAUUUAUCUGUAUUUAUAUCAAUGUUUGGAGGUAUUUCUGGGCCAGCAAUUCGUUCAAUUUUAUCUAAAUUAGUCCCAUCUUCUGAUGCAGGUAAAGUUUUUUCAUUAAUUACAUCAAUUGAAACAACUAUGCCAUUUGCUGCAGCUUCCUUAUAUACAACAGUUUAUUCUCAUUACUUGCCUCCAAUAUAUCCUUGUCCCGUAUGGUUAAUAUCAUGUGUUCUUUUUAUUAUAAUGAUUAUAUUAUUGAUAUGCAUACAUAUACGCAUUACAAAAAUGGAUACAUUACAAUAUAGAGUGAUCUCACAGGAGAGUGAAUAAGAUAUAUUACAAUUAUUAAGUCAUCUUCAGUAUUUGAGAUUUUCUCUAUGUAAAAUAUUGAGAACUUUUUAUAUAAAAUGCAUAUUACAAUGCUUAUAUUUUUAAAGGUUUUCCUAGAAGGUUAUAAAAUCACAUAAGUAAAAUUUUAUAUAUUUUCUUUUUUAAUAGUUUUAACAAUGUAUGAUUUAUAGAUUGUAAUAUAUUUUCAAAAAUUUAUUUAAUAAUCUUCAAAGCAGAAUUAAAAUUUGGUAAUUUUGUUUUUAAUAUAAGAAACUGUUCAAAUAUUAGACUGUGAUAUUAAAAAAUAUUUAUGAAUAUAUAAUAAUCAUUGUAACAAUCUGAGAUUCUCAAUAUCUUUUAUUAUAAUUGUAGUAUUUAGUAUAUAUUAAUGCAA